GCUCGGCACCGCCCCCUGCUGUCCCGGCCGCGGCCGGCGGUGGGCGGCGCUGGAGGCGGGCUGUUCCCUGGCCAGCCGGGCGCUGGCGGCCAGUCGGCCGGGGGGAGCGCUGGGGUGCAGAGUUGCCGAGCCGAGCCGGGCCGGGCCGCGCCGCCUGGGCCCGCAGGACUAUGCGCUGACGGGGCCGGGGCGGGCAGCCUGCACCGAGCGCCGGGAUCGCGGCUGUGCAGUCGGCGGGGCCCUGCUGGGGCCGCCCGAGGAAGAUGAACUACCUGAACGUGCUGGCCAAGGCGCUGUAUGACAACGUGUCCGAGUCCCCGGACGAGCUCUCCUUCCGCAAGGGUGACAUCAUGACAGUGCUAGAGCGCAACACGCAGGGCCUGGAUGGCUGGUGGCUCUGCUCGCUGCACGGGCGCCAGGGCAUUGUGCCUGGCAACCGCCUGAAGAUCCUGGUGGGCAUGUAUGACAAGAAGCAGCAGGCAGGGCCUGGCCAAGGGCAGCCGCCCUCCCACCAGCACCCGCUGCACCCCACCACCCGGCCGCCAGGGGACAGCAUCUACCUGAUCCCAGCUCCAAGCAAGGGGCAGCUGGGCCUCUACCCGGGCUCUGCGCCAGGGGCCCCCUUCCCCUCACCUCCAGCCAAGCAGCCGCUGAUGUAUCCAAAGCAGCCGCCGCCCCACACCUGCCAGGACAUCUACCAGGUGCCUCCGUCGCUGAGCCACGCCCCGGACAUCUCCACCAGUCCCCCACAGGAGAUCUACCAGGUGCCCCCAGCUGCGGGGCUGGGCCAGGACAUCUACCAGGUGCCACCGUCCUUGGACAUGAGGAGCUGGGAAGGGCCGAAGCCCCAGGGAAAGGUGGUGGUGCCCACCCGCGUGGGGCAGGUCUACGUCUACGACUCACCCAAAGGCGAGCAGGAUGAGUACGACAUCCCACGGCACCUCCUCGCCUCUGGGCCCCAGGAGAUCUACGACGUGCCCCCCGUCCGCGGUGUGCUUGCCAGCCAGUAUAGCCAGGAGGUCUACGACACCCCCCCAAUGGCAGUGAAGGGCCCCACCAGCCGGGAGCCCGGCCAGGAGAUCUACGACGUGCCGCCCAGCGUGGAGAAGGCCCUGCACCAGGCUCCCCAAACUGUGUAUGACGUCCCCCCAUCUGUGAGCAAGGACGUCCCAGACGGCCCCUCCCGAGAGGAAACCUAUGAUGUGCCCCCCGCCUUUGCCAAGUCAAAGGCGCUGGAGCUGCCCCGGCACCCGGCGGAGCUGGCCCUGCCCGAGGACGUGUACGAUGUGCCACCGGCGGCAGGGAAGGGCGCCCCUGAAGCCCCCUUCCCGCAGGAGAUCUAUGACGUGCUGCCCGGCCUGCGAAAGCCGGCGGGGCCCGCGCAGGACGUGUACGAUGUGCCCCGGGAGCUGCACGCUGGCAGCCUGGACAGCGAGGCCGAGUACAUCUAUGACGUGCCGCCGCAGGUGGACCGGGAGGCCAGGGCGGGUGAUGCCAAGCGCCUCUCAGCCUCCAGCACGGGCAGCACCCGCAGCAACAUCUCCAGCUCCUCGCUGGAUGUGGGGCCAGUCAAGGAUGCACCCAAGGAGCUGGGCCUGGACCUGGACGCGGCCAUGGAACUAUUGGCCCGGCUGCAGCACCACAUCAGCGGUUCCGUCUCCUACCUCAUGUCCUUCAUCAGCACCGGCUGGCGCAGCCCGGAGCAGCUGGAGCUCCACGCGCCCAGCCUCCGGGCGGCGGCCGAGGGCAUCAAGGGGGCACUGCGGGACCUGCUGGAGUUCGCCCGCGGGGCCGUGGGAAAUGCGGCCCAGGCCUCCGACCGCGCCCUGCAUGUCAAGCUCAGCAAGCAGCUGCAGAAGAUGGAGGACGUGUACCAGGCCCUGCUGCGGCACAGCCAGGUGCUGGAUGACUGUGGUUGGGCCCCUGGUGCCCUGGCAGCCGGCAAGCCGGGCGGCACCGACGACCUGGACCGCCUGGUGAUGUACUCACGGGGCAUCCCCGACGACACCAAGCAGCUGGCGUCCUUCCUGCACGGCAACGCCUCCCUGCUCUUCAGACGGGAUAAGCCGCCGGCGGAUGGCCCGGACGCCAGUCUGCUCCUUGCCAGCCACCCCCUUCCGGCGCCCACCGACAAGGCCAGCAGCAUCCAGUCGCGGCCCCUGCCCUCCCCACCCAAGUUCCUGGCGCAGGACUCGCCCGACGGGCCAUACGAGAACAGCGAGAGCGGCUGGAUGGAAGACUACGACUACGUGCACCUGCAGGGCAAGGAGGAGUUUGAGAAAACCCAGAAGGAGCUGCUGGAAAGAGGCAACAUCAUGCGGCAGGGCAAGGGGCAGCUGGAGCAGCAGCAGCUGAAGCAGUUUGAGCGGCUGGAGCAGGAGGUCACGCGCCCCAUCGACAACGACCUCUCCAGCUGGACGCCGCCGCAGCACUACGCCCAGGUGCGGGGCAGCAGCGCCCUGUGCCCCUCCGACCGCCAGCUGCUGCUCUUCUACCUGGAGCAGUGUGAGGCCAACCUCACCACGCUCACCAAUGCCGUGGACGCCUUCUUUACCGCCAUGGGCACCAACCAGCCACCCAAGAUCUUCGUGGCCCACAGCAAGUUCGUCAUCCUCAGCGCCCACAAGCUGGUGUUCAUCGGCGACACCCUGUCGCGCCAGGCCCGGGCGCAGGACGUGCGCCACAAGGUCACCCACUACAGCAACCUGCUGUGCGACAUGCUCAAGGAGAUCGUGGUGACCACCAAGGCCGCCGCCCUCCACUACCCAUCCCCCUCCGCUGCCAAGGACAUGGUGGAGCGGGUCAAAGACCUGGCCAGCAGCACACAGCAGUUCAGGAUGGUGCUGGGGCAGCUGGCGGCCAUGUGACGGCCUCGCCAGCACACACCGCGCUGGGAGCUACUCGGAGAGAUCAGUCUACUAUUAACGACUGCAGCAGAGCACGAGACGAGUGUAAAUGGGCUUGUAAAUAUUUAAAGAGACUCCCAUGGGGGGGUAGGGGCGGGGCACAGAACAAGCGUCAGCACUGGGCUCCUCUUCGCUCCUCCCCCUUUCCCCCCAAGAACGAGGUAGUUUUAGGCCACGCUGGCGAUUCGCUAAGGGUGCUUUGAGGUGAAAGGCUGGAGAGCCAGGACAGAGGCUGUGGCCUCGGAAAGAAGAGGUGGCCCCAGGCCCCGCGUAACGAAGCUACAGCGGCAAAUUAUUGUUGUCGGUGAUGGAUUCAGAGCGCUUUAGGCCAAUGGGCGAUAUUUAAAAACAGAACUAGAAUUUGAAUCAGAGCAAUGCAAUUAUAGCGGGCGGGAGCAAUUGAAGUGAAGUCCAGCAGUGUCAGCCGACAGUUAGGGGCGAGUGUGAUUUCCAUUGACUUUGGGGCCUGAUCUAAUUAACGAGUUCUCUCGCUGCUAAUUGACAGCCGUUUAAUUGUGCAGAACGAAUCAAUCCAAUGGUAUCGGGGUGGAGAUGAAAAGGAAACUGACAGAGUUCAAUGGGGGAAAGUACAGUCAAACUGUAAGCUGGAGGAGUGUCUGUGUGUCCAUUGCCUGGCCUGACAGACAGCCCCCGGGGCCGGCAGGAUGGACGCAGGGAGCUGUGCCUCACUGGGGCAUGUCACGGUUGGGUUUUGCUAAGAUCGGCUGUAGCAGAAAUGCGAAACGAAAUUGGUGCCUUGAAAUGUGCGGGUUCCCGGAGCUCUGGAGUACCUCACGGCCUGUAUGGAUACUCGUUGAUAUGGAGCCUGCUGGCAUGGCAGCAUAAAGGUUUGCCUAGAACCCCUCUGGCUUGUGGUUGUG